AAAAGUAACUUUCACCAACUCUUUAUAUGGUUGUUGAGCAUUUAAUAUAAUAUCCUUUGGCAUGAAUGGUUUCCACUCUUCUUGUAAGUACUCAAAUAUGUCUAUGAGAAUCAGACAUGUGUCAGUGAGGUCAGAAACUGAUAGGAUGAUGAGGACUGGCUUGCCGUCAGCAUUACUGUUUAUUCCACAGGUGUUCAGUGGGGUUCAUGUCUGGGCUUUUGUGUAGGCCUGUCAAGUUCUUCCUCAGUAAAUCAUUAAUUUAUGGGAAUUGCAUUGUGCACAAAGGGGGCAUUGUCAUGCUGUAGGAGAAAAAGGCUCUCUCCAAAUUGUUGUCACAAAUUUGGAAGCACACUAUUCUAAAGAAUGUCAUUGUAUGUCAUUGUAUUUUUGAGAUUUCCCUGGAUUUAAAGGGCCUGGCCAAAUAGUUUGCCCAUUAACUAGAAACGGCAUGUUCACAUACUUUUUUGCCACUUACUAAACUCAAGGUCAAAAUAAAACUAUAUUCAGUUUUAAUAAUGACUGCAAAGACACAUUCAUCUGUUUUUUUUCUAAAGUAGGCCAAGUCCUUGUUGUUAAAAAGAUUGAAGGCUAUAGGCUGAUCAUUAUUUAAAUGGAACAGGGAGAAUCAUUUCAGUUCAUGUUCAGGUCAGUGAGCAGUUCCCAUGAUGAGGGAUGUUAAUCAGUCUUUAUUGGAGCAGUCAUUGUGCUCCACUUUGACAUUGCAUAAAUUGAUUUGGCUCACUGCAUCCACUCAAACAAUCCAUACAUCCUUAUUUUGGGUCAAAAAGUGCUUUUUUCCAUCAACAGCUGCCCUAAUUUACUUCUCUAAACAACAAACAGUGGAAGCAUUUUUAUAUUUAAUAAAAUAAAGACCGCUUUUCAUGGUCUUCAUUUCCUCCUUUACCUCUCACAGGGUUAUCCAACUCACUGCCAACAUUUCAAAUGAAACAUUCAAACUUGAAAUAAUGUUAUCUCUUUCUCUAGGUCAGUCCCAUUAAUUAUCAAUAUUAUACAUAAUUUUAGCUCGUAUUCACAGGGUAAAGUUUGCCAACACUCUAUACAAAUGUAUCUUCUUAUUUCUUACAAAAAAAGACUAAAGCAAAAUCAUCCAGAUGAUUUUAACAAGUUCAAAAUAUUUAGAGUACUUUUUUAACGUAACCAUAGGCCAAGUGACAAUUUUUGUCCAUUACAGCAGGCCAUGCCACAAACUACUUACUGAUCAAUAAUAACUUGGUGGUGCAUUGAUUAGUAUAUAAAAAGCUAAUGUAUUGUGCCACCAUUCACAGACUGACACAGAGAGGAGAACAGCACUGUUUAUUAUUUAACAUGAGAAUUUAACCGCUUUUUUCACUUCUCUUAAUACUAUUACCAUCGCUUUUGUAUACAAUAAUUUACGACUCUAAGACAUCAAACCUCACAACAUGAGCCAUCACUCCUCAUGGAGAGGGCAUCAUUGUGCUCCUGGAGACAUCAACUGCACUGCAGGCUUUAAGGAAUCAUUGGGCAGCAGGAGCUACAAGUUGCUCCAUGUGCCUUUCCAUGGGCCGACCCAUAGCCACCACCAUGAGCCUCCACACCCGUUCCCCACCGUGGAUGUUCCUGAUCAUGCCCACUACAUCAUCGGCUCUGUCAUCUUAAUAGUAGGCAUCACCGGAGUGAUUGGAAACGCACUGGUGGUCUACGUGUUCUGCCGUAGCCGUACUCUUCGCACCGCAGGGAACAUGUUUGUGGUGAACCUGGCUGUAGCUGAUUUCUUCAUGUCCCUCACCCAGUCACCAGUGUUCUUCACAGCCAGCCUGCACAGGCGCUGGGUGUUCGGCGAGCGCUCUUGUGAGCUCUACGCCUUUUGCGGCGCUCUCUUUGGGAUCUGUUCCAUGAUGACUUUGACUGCCAUAGCUGCCGAUCGCUGCCUCGCCAUAACUCAGCCUCUCGCCCUUGUAGGCAGAGUUAGUCGACACAAAGCAGGUGCGGUAUUGGCUGUCGUGUGGCUCUACUCCCUGGGCUGGAGCCUUCCACCAUUCUUUGGCUGGAGUGCUUAUGUUCCAGAGGGUCUUCAGACUUCCUGUUCUUGGGACUAUAUGACCUUCACUCCUUCAGUGCGUGCGUACACCAUCCUGCUCUUCAUUUUUGUGUUCUUUAUCCCACUAGGCAUUAUUGCUAGCUGCUACUUUGGAAUUUUCCAAGCUAUCCGAGCUGCGGGGAAGGAAAUACGAGAGUUGGAUUGUGGGGAAACGCACAAGGUGUAUGAACGCAUGCAAAAUGAAUGGAAGAUGGCGAAAGUCGCCCUCCUGGUCAUUUUGCUUUUUGUAAUAUCGUGGUCACCCUACUCCGUGGUGGCCCUCACAGCCACGGCUGGCUAUUCCCACCUCCUGACUCCCUACAUGAAUUCAGUACCUGCUGUGAUCGCCAAGGCCUCAGCCAUCCAUAAUCCCAUCAUCUAUGCAAUUACGCAUCCGAAGUAUCGGGCGGCUAUUGCCCGUUACAUUCCGGUUCUCCGCCCCAUCUUGCGUGUCAAAGAGAAGGAUCUCCGUUCCUCUUUUAGUUCCGGAAGUGUCAGUUCCCGUCGUCCGACCCUCACCAGCCAGUGCUCUCUGGGGGUUAGCAUCGGCAAUGCUGCACGAGCUAAUGGCCGCUGGGGGAAGACGCGCUUGUCUUCUGCUUCAGAUAGUGAUUCUUGUUGGAAUGAGAGUGAGGCUGAUGGUUCCAGCGUCAAUUCCCUGACCUUUGGUCGUCGUGUGUCCACGGAGAUCUCUACAGAUACUGCCAUUCUCUCACCAGGGUCAAGUACUAACAGCUCCAGUGGGCAGAAGCCGGAGAAGAAGCACAAAGUUGUAAGCGCACCGGUGCCGUCUAUUACUUUUGAAACAGAUGCAGCCGAUGGCGAGUCUCUGUCUGAUGGGAAAGCUUUGCUCCUUGGGGGGAAAGAAAGGGAAUGAUGCAGUGCUUCAGAGUAACUUUGGUACUAGUAAUUUUAGUAGUUGCUUUGACCUAUUCUUUUUUUUAAUUUAAAUAUAUAUUCACAUGCCCUUCUUUACUUUACAAGCCUCUGUCUUGUUAGUUUUGUGAACUUUGUUUUUGAAAUUAAACGAUUUUCAGGUUUGUGUGAAUUUAGCAGAUGCAUUUAUUAACUUCAAUGAUUUCCUUCAUAAAAUGUAAGCGUUUGUUAAUUACUUUCUUUUUAUUAAAACCUUUAUAAUAACCAUCUUUUUUCCCUUUGUUUAAUCUGAGGAUAUUCUGGUGUGGAUUUUAAUAGUUGAGUAAAUGUGUCUAAAUGAUGUUUGGCAUCAUUUUUAUUUCAAUAA